UCCUUUUAGAUAAUAUAAAGUUAAGAUAAUAAAUUGAAUAGAUUAUGAAUGGUAAAACUAGUUUGAGUCAGCAACUGAUAAUUCAUAGAAUCAGUUAGCAAAUCAAUUCACUUACAGCAAAUACAGAGUGAGAAGUGAAUCUUUUCCUGUAUAUUUUAGGUAGUUUAUUAGGAAGAAAGUAUGGAAAUCUCUAAAAGUGAAGAUAAAAUUAUUGGUAAGAGAAAAAGAUCUCUCGAUUUAGAAAAGGACGAAUUAGAAUUGAAAAAACCUAAAGACGAUAUAGACAAUUCAGUGAAAGAAAAAGCUAGUUCAAAAACAGAGGCAAAAGAUAAAGAAAAUUCAGAACCAGGUAAAGAAGAUAGUUCAAAAUUAGAACAUGGCAAAGAAGGAAGUUCAGAAGCAGCAAGAGAAAAUAGUACAGAACAAAGUAAAGCAGGUGAAUUUUUUAUUGAAAAGUUAUUAAGUGAUGCUUUGAAUAUUGUUCGGAAAGAAAUUGAGGUGGAAAAUACAGCUGUAGAAAAAGCCUACAAUGAAAUAAAAACAGCUUUCAAGUCAAGUCAGUUUACAAAAUUGAAUUUUAAUAACUCUGAUUAUUUACUCACCUAUUUUUCUAUCUAUGCUGCAUUUAAUACAAAAUUAACAUAUAAUAGAUUUCUUGAUGCCUUUAAAAAUUGUAAACAGCUUCAAGAAACAGUUAAAAAACAAAAUUUAAAUAUUAUUAGCUUAGGUGGAGGACCAGGUACAGACAUAAUAGGAUUUUGCAGCGCCUUACAAGAGUUUCUUACUCAAGAAGUUAAAAAUUAUUGUAGCACAAUCAAUAUUUCUGUAGCUGAUAUAUUUAAACGUUGGGCUUCGUUUUAUAAUGUUAUUGAGUUUCUUAUUAGAGAAGGCUGUUAUGGGAACGUCUCGUCUCUUUUUAAAAGCAAAAUUGUUAGCUCAUCAUUUAUGACAGUUGAUUUAGUAAGCGAAGAACAGCCAUGUAAAUAUACUUAUGACUUAGGAACAGCUGAUAUAGUGCUUCUAGUGCGAGUGCUGGAUAUACUUAACUUUCAAGAAACAAAACCAGAAAACUUAAUUAAGAAAAUUAUUUCAGGAAUGAGGAGUGGGGCCUUGCUUUUAGUUAUUGAUUCAGUGAUUAAAAAUUAUAAUGACUCUGAAGUGACUCAAGUAUACUCAUCGAACUUAGAAGAAUUUACAAGGCAAGUUAACAUGGAAAUUUCUUUUCCUUUAUAUCCCUGGAAAUCUUCAAGUGCUCAAAGUUUCAUUCUGCAGAAGAAGUAACACGACAUCUUCAAAUUGCAAAAGGACCUAAUAGAAAUACACUGUUAGAAAUAUUGGAGCACGUAGAAUCACAUUGAUCAGCAUACAAUUUGUUGCAACUAGUAAAAUUAACUAGUUGUAAAAAGUUUAAACAACAAUUGGCCAGUUUUACUGGUUUAUUAGUUACAUUUGGAGAACUCUAAUAAUACAGUUUUUUUUCCUUAAAUUUUGGUUAAUAAAACCUAAUUUGGUUAUAACUUUGAAGACGUUAUUUUUUCCACAUUUUUUACUGUAAAAAUAAAUAGUUAAGAUUAGGAUAUGAUGAAAAGGAAAAUGUAGAAAUGGUCUUGAUAUAUUUUAAUAAGCUUGUAUUUGUAUAAUAUUUAAAUAAACGUAUAUAUGUUACAAGGAC